AUGCCCAACGGAUGCUGCGGCUGCGGUGGCAAUAACUACUCCGUGUGCUGCUACAGCAGACCCAGCUGCUGCAAGACCCCCAUGUGCUGCAGCCCCAUGCAGUGCUGCAGCCCCUGCUGCAUGCCCGUGCAGUCCUGCUGCAUGCCCAUGUCCUGCUGCUACACCAUCAGCAACAACAACAGCGGCUGCUGCGGCGGCUGCUGCGGCAACUGA